CUGUUUCUAAACACGGAGGGCUCCGAGGGCUGUUGAGGCGUACGGUCGGGCCUAUGGGAACGCUACCCGUCUCAUAGCGAUGUGCGGCCGUUGCGGGCAGCGAACAGCUGCGUUAAAAAUUAUGCUGUGGCCAACGUCACCGAAGGCGUAAUUAAAUGGUGACCAAAGUCAUUGUAAGGUUCCUGAAGAAGAGGAUUGUGCUUGCUGUCAUCUUCUGUGUGUCGCUUCUUUACUGCUUAUCGUCGCUCUUAACAGAGGACUCGCUAGGUGUCGAAACGAACGAAACUCUUGGAAAGAUUUCUCUUCCACCGAGCUCCUUCAAAUGGCAUCUUGAUAAAGAAAAGAGCAACUCGAGUGCCCCCGUUAGUUGCAGAAAUUCGGUACAAGGAAAAGUCCUCGUAGCAGAUGACCGAGGUUACGUCUGCCAAAGAUCAGAGGUUGCAUCAAAUGGCUGUUGCAUUGCUGAAGCUGCCAGCACACGACGCUACUGCUGUGAUACGUGCCAGCCCAAUGGUUGCUGCAGCAUCUACGAGUACUGCAUCUCCUGCUGCAUGCAUCCACAAAAGAUCACAAUACUGCAGAAGAUCCUAGGGAAAGCAUCGGACACUUUCAAAAUGUUGGUGGCAUCCAUCACCGACCAUUUUGAGCUUUGCCUCACAAAGUGCAGGACGUCGUCUGAUAGUGUUCAUCAUGAGAACUCGUACCGUGAUCCCAAGGCGAAGCAUUGCUACGCCGACGAGCCACCGGGUCAGCAAGUGGCAACACGAAGCCAGCUAAUGAAGGAGUAACUGAUUGGCUGGUGACUUCAUUGUGGAGUUGUGUUUUUUUUUUUUUUUUUUGAGCUCCGAACUUGCUCCAUCUUUCAGAUUUGCACAGCAUUUUUUUUUUUUUUUUCACAUGUCUGCAGUGGCUGCAAGUGAUUGAUUAAUUCAGCUUUUCACUGCCAUCUCCCAAUCUCCUGGGUAGUUCAGAUGGUCUUGUGACAACUCUAUAAGUUCAGUGGCCCCAAGUUUGAUUGCCAGACUCCAGGGCAAUUUCUUAAUAAAUUGGCAAGUUUGCUUUUUUGAGGACGCGGGUGCACUGAUGGAACACUCAUUAUCGUCAUAUGCUGAGGGAUUAUUUUAACUAACUGUCGAUUGACAAGCCUGGGCUUGUCGGCCAUAAACUGAGGGACGUAUUUUAACACACAACAUGCUGAUCUUGUGGCUGUGAUGGUAGUGUUGAAGUUUGGGCGAGUUCGUGACUUUCACUCUCUACAUGUGUGUGCAGAGAGUGAAAGUCACCUAGUAUGUGUGUCACUCUAGUAUGUGUGUGCUGUGAACAUCAUCGAAGUGAACACUGUGGUGAGUGAGGCUCAUUCACAGGACAGGUUAAGCAGGGAAUAUGGCAUUAGCGCUUUUAGAUACAAGUGUCCUUGUUCAUGCUUCGUUGGAGGUGGAGACCAGUAGUCAUCAGUGUGGUAGCCUUUGCUUUGCAUGGGCCUGGCAUGGUUCCCGUCCCGACUUGCUUUUGUAGAGUAGUCAUUGCAUCAGGCCUCACUUUGUGAAAUGGGUUCACUUCUUGUCUCGAGUGAAUUCUAUGUACUAUAAUAGCAAUGCCUUGUGGGCUUUAUUUGUGCGACUCAAGAACUGUCUUCUUUAAACGGUAGGCCUGUUUUUUGUUUUUCAUUUUUAGAAGUGUCCACUAAAUCGGUACAAUUUGCUAUGGUAUGUGAGUAGGUCUUUCAUUGGCCUAUGUCGGUUGAAUUUUAUGUACAUAGUGUUUAUUUGGUAUUGUGUAAACUCCUGUACAGCUCACUGUAAUGGCUCCUCUUUCGUACGCUACGAUAGUCGUGUACUUAUGUUCCAAGCUUCUGUCAGGAUGCCUCCGGCUACAUGCUCCUUUUUGCGGUAACCUUGUACUAGAGUGGAACCUACAGCAUCUGCUCUGACCUACUGUACUACUGACCUGCUCAGCGAGCAGAACGCCAGCGCGCCUGUUCUAUCUCAUAUUUCUGCCACUACGAGCCUUGUGGCGCUACUAGUUAGCCCACCUGUGCCGCACUUUUGCUGUCGUUGGCUUGCAUCAAGCUGCGAUGUUUGCGUGGGUAUGCACUUUGUACGACAAAGAAAAUGAGCAAAAUCGACAGUAAUGCCGCAGUGCUGCGUGCCUUUGUGCAAAUCACGACAUGGUAAGACACCUGGCAUGUGCAUUAUAUUGAGUUCCCGGUUUAUGCACGUGCGUGAAAAAAAUGGAUCAAAGCAUGCAGUUUCCAGAAAGGGCGAGGCUGCCCUAGUGUUAUUUGGCUGAGCCGUGCUCCCUCAAGGGCUGCAGAAGAUAGCGCCAACCUUUCCUUUUCCAAACGAACGCUACAUGCAAUAAAUUGUUCACGUACGAGAUGUGCUUACUCGUACCUUUAUUUUCACUCAGUGGCAUUUCCCGAUUUCCUUCACUGCCGGUGUCAAAUUUGCAUUGCGAGCAUGCGGCCCCGUAGAACGCCGCUAGCUGAGCAGGUCAUACAGUAGGUCGUGCCAGAGACUGAGCAGACAACACAAGUUGGUUCUUUAUUCUAUGACAACACUGUGACCGGAAGGGAGGCUUGGUUUCCCACGUUUACACCCCUUUUUUUUGGGGGGGGGGCUCACGUCUGGUGUAGUUUAUCCACCAGUGCUAGAUUCUUGUAAAACGGAGUAUAGCUGAGGGGUGUUUAUUAUGCAGGCCACACACCACCCUCUUCGUAGUUAUAAAUUACUAAUAAAAUUUAGUACCUACUCGUAUCCGGUGCUCCUGUAAGAAGGAAUGUUUUCAGCAAGAACUGUGUAGGAGGUCAAGGAAGUGAGUGAUGAAAUUGCUUGAUGCACUAUGACCUGCGCCGAAGUGGGCUCCAAUGCCCUGCACACAAUUGUAAUGUGUACAUUUGUUGUCAUUUUGUGUUGGGGGUUUGUAUGUUUUUUAUUGUGAAUAUUGUAGUCAGCUGGGGGCCUUUAUGCCUGUAUAUAGCGGCCUGUCUUCGUAUUUUGGAGGGAAAGGGUCUCACUAUCAAUUAAAAAAAUUAAAUAAAGAUGUUUACACUGU